AGCGAGUCCACCCAAGGGGCAUCUCCGACUCCCCGAGCCCCUCCAUCGUCAGGCAAACUCUCAAUGACCAAUAGAUCACCAGCCUCACUCGUGCGUCCCAAAAUCGUCGGAACAUUCUCACGGUUACUUUGUCACCCACGAGCCUCAUCUUCGUUCUGGGACACUCGCGCCAAACCCCUUUUCGUUAUCGACCGAAAAAUGACGACGAAUGGCGCCCCUCCUACCGACGCCUCGCCGCGAAAGCUGAGGAUCCUCAUGCUCCAUGGUCCUAACCCCAACCCCACCCCGAUUGAGAAAGUAGCACCACAUACUAACCCCCUCACCUCCUAGGCUUCACACAAUCCGGACCCCUUUUCCGCUCCAAAACGCGCGCCCUCGAAAAACUCCUCAUCAAAGCCUUCCCACCCACUCCCAAAUCUCUCUAUCCAGGCGGCGUCGCCCUCAUCUACCCCACCGGUCCAAUCCAGCUGCAACCAGCAGACAUACCCGGGUUCUCCAUAACCGAUGCUUCGGGCGAGGGACGCGACGCCUGGGGCUGGUGGACGAAGUCUCCUUUCUCUGCUGCUUCCCAUCCCACAGGUAAGGAGAAGGACGUCGAGUAUACUGGAUUGGCAGAGGGCAUGGCUGUGAUAAGGGACACGAUCAAGGAGAAUGGGGGUGUGGAUGGGGUGAUUGGGUUUAGUCAAGGGGGGUGCGCUUCCUUGUUCGUUGCGUCACUUCUUGAGCCGGGCCGCGCGGAGUCAUUCAAGCAGAAGAACAAAUUAGGAGACGAAGCACUUGCGUUUCUCGAAGGUUGGGAGGAGCUGCAAAAGUUUCAGCAGGAGAAGGUGGGAGGCUUGAAAUUCGCUGUUUCCUAUAGUGGUUUCUUCGCUCCAAGUGAGAGAUACAAGCCAUUUUAUGAUCCAGAAAUCCAGACGCCAAGUUUACAUUUUAUCGGGAGUUUAGAUAGCGUCGUUGAAGAAAGUCGCCCCUUAGGUCUGAUUGACAGAUGCAACGAAAAGACGAGACAAGUUUUAUACCAUCCGGGAGGUCAUUUCGUGCCCGUUGGAAAGGAGAUGGCUUCCGUUCUGGUAGGCUUCAUAAGGGACAGAACAACAGUGGCCGAGGAAAAGAAAGAAAAAAGUGUCGAAGACAUGGACUUUCCAUUUUAGAGAAUCAUUAUUUCACGAUUUGACGAUUUCAUAGCGAGGAGUUUUGGGAGACAAUACACCAGGGAUAUUAAAAUACGUUGCUCACGGGAUUUAGAUACCUAGAGUCUAGACUAGUGUACAGAGGCAUCAAAAUAGAAAAGAUGCUAUUAGAAAAAUU